AUCAUAACUACAAUUAUGUGCUCCAAAACGUCCGAGAGAAGAUAGCGUUGCUUUGAGCGCGCCCAAAAUCCACGUACUGGCACGACACUGGUAGUGAGAAGAGAGAGGUGGUUCUGAUAGUGACCUGUCUAAAAAGUUUAAUCUGCAGGACCACAAGAAAAUGCUCACGCCAGGUUCUCCAGGAUGAUCUAACUCGAUCGUUCCUUCUGCUUUCCUCGGCUCUUUACAACUUGGGGAAUCAUCAAUUUCAAAAGCAGGAGCGACGGUCAACCUCCACCUGGAACGGCCUUUAAGUGUGAGGGAACAGCAUCGGUCUUUCUAUCAUUCGCAUUCACUUGGAGGCCGCGCAUCCUACGCGCGGCGCUACCGUUCAGCGGUAGUAGCUUCACUUCUCUUUCAUCUUCCCAUCACUUCGCACUCGCGGUCAACCUCCACCUGGAACUCCCGUUAAUUUCGGUUUCAGAAGAAGAAGCGACUGGCGUUCUUGCUUACUCAAAGGAACGAAACUUCCCAACUGCUACGUCGGCUAGGCAGACCCCCAGACGCAGUCGAUUGCCUCUCUAGUUUCGCUAGCAGUUCUCUCUACAACUGCUCCUUUUCUGGUAGAAGUGCGGGUAACAUUGCUCACAUCAACAACUUUUCCGUCGCCUUCAACAUGCUAGUGGCACGCCGUUGCUUUGUCGGGUGUGUGGUCGUCGCUGGCGCAGUAGAGCUUGCUGCGAAAACCAACGAAGCAGCAACUGCAACGUCUUCUUCGUCUAAGAAUCAGCAAUCUGACGAGACCUUUCCACACAGAUAUAGGGAGGCACGUCGACAUAGGAGGAAUGGUGGUACUAUUGGGGAUGCAGAGGACGCCGAAGAUCAACAUGAUAAUAUCGUGUUUCCAAGUACUACUAGUACCACAUCCAGACGUCAACAUGGACACCGAGGACGUCAUGGACAUGGACAUCGAAGGAGUUUUCACCUACAGAAGGAGCCGCAAACAAAACUUCGACAACGAAGAGGGAGCUUUCACAACAUGGUCAACCAUGUGCCUGUGAGACGGCAUGUGAGUCGACGCAGUAGCCCUAGCGGCUCACCUGCUCUCGAUUUGAUGUGGACGCUUUCGAGGAGAGACGUAUUUCUCAAUAAAUGAUCAUGUUGACUGGCUAUCGCGACAUGUUGCUCCACAACAUAUUAAUACCCUCACAAAGAACUCGACAACUACUUACCCACACUAUGAUUAUGCCUCUCUUCAGUAAAUCCAGCCCUUAAAGUUAAACCUUCAUCGUCAACAUGAUCAUCAGGUUCUCGAUACCCAUCAUCCUGCUUUGCAUGAGAUUGUCAAAGUUGCCGGUGAAAUUGCACGGUCCAAAGAUGAGGCGCUUGCUAAGGCAACUGUCCCAGUGAUGCAGGAUAGUCUGAGCAAACUUGGUAAACUACUUAGCUAUAACAGUAGAUAGCUAAUAAAAAAACUUAUUAAACUUCUACUUGUUGCUUUUCUUGUUUUACACUUGAUCAUCAGGUUUUUUCUUCCUGUUGGUGUUGAAGUUUGAUUUCGAUUUCUUACCAAGAGUAAGAGACGCAAACCUCGUCCCUCAACAUCUUCACAAUCUCGUCCAGCCUCUCUCGCUGCUCUUGACGAUCCUGGUGCGUCUGAUUUUAUCUCGGACAUGCGAGCACAGGUAUGUGCAUCAAAGAAGGACACAGAACGAGAGACAUGUCAGUCCUUCAUGGACGAAUAUUGUGCCACACGUGGAGACUCAGCCGCAUGCAAAGCCUUCAUGGGCAGCGACGAGGAAGAGGAGGAUGAAGGAGAACCCAUCAAAGAAGAAGAGAAUGGGGAUGAGGAAGGUUAAGGCUGGAUGUUCUACUUCUACUUCUUAUCGAUCCUGAUGAACAAGCUUUCAUUCCUAUGUCAUAACGAGAAGAAGACAAAAAUGUGUAGCUUCAAGAUUUAUAAAUGUAUCAUCGACCUCGACGAGCUCGAGAUGAAACAAUCUCAAUAAGAAUGUUGCUGGUAUAUGCUCUAAUAAGAUGCUGACGGAGACGAAAACGAUGGUGCUGCAGAAGAUCAGACUGGAGAGGCCGAAAAUCCAGGACCGAAGCCAAGCGGGGACCCAACUGGGGACCUACCAGAACAGGGGUAUUAAGAGACCUACUGACGAGUACAAGAAGUCUACGAUGUUGGAGCUUGAUCAUGAUCUUCACUUUUUGCUUUUCGACGUUUCCUAGUUCUUUUAUUUUCAGACUAAAUAAAUUUACUUAUACUACGUGGGUGAUUAAGAAAAAAAACUCCACCUCUUCAUCGCCCAGAUUCGAAGGCGACAUGGUGAAUCAUGUGGAUGGUGAAACGCAGACAGACGACUGGCGACGAGAGUUCGGUCCAGGACAGCCAGAUACCUAUGCUAGCGUAUGCGCAGAGCAUCCUAAUAACGAAUGGUGCCGUCUGCAUGGCUAUGGAGGUGGUUUUCAUGCGGCCGCCUAUCGCACGUCAAGUGCACUCACGACUACGAUGCUGAUCGCAGGUGGAGGUGCGUUCUUGCUGUUUGUUGGAGGUCGUAUGUGAUCUUCAUCUUCUUGAAGAUGCGGGAGCGCAUAAACUUUUGCACGACGAGUUCUCGAUUAUUUUGUGUUGUAUAGUUAGCUCGAAGUAAAAAUAAGUAGACGAACUUACAGAUAGUUGUAGCUUUCCUGUAAUUAGUGGUGCUUGUGUAUCUGAUAGAUUUAGAUGGUAAUGAACUUGUUACUCGUACGAGUCGAUGUUUUCUUUUCCUUUUUCAAUUCAGGUAGAAAGUACUAGUUCUGACUGUGUGAUCCUAAUUCCCGGAGUUGUGUUGUCUUUCGGAAGUGGUAAUGCUCUGAAAUUUGUUGAUUUUUACAGUAAUACUGAGUAUGAUACAAAACAGGUAAUGUUGAUUUUCAGGCAAAGAUUUGUUGAUUUUCUUCAGGCACAGGUUUAAUGCCGUUGUUUAUUUUCUGUACAGACGCUUGGAUUAUGAUUUUUUACGGUUUAUCUGUUGAUUUUCAGGCAGAGGCAACUCAGGUGAAAAAUUGGCACAGAUGAAAGCCCACAUCAACUAAAGGAAGAAGGAAAACUCAAACACGUGGGGGUGAACUAGAUACGUCUAAGUGAGAUCCAUAUGCUUAUCAACAUCAGAAGCUGGGAAGUAAGCAGUUCGAAAACCAAAAAGGCGUGGGUCCUUCGCUUCCUUUCAUCUUCCACAUAAAAUUUAUGCUAGAG